AUGGAUCUUCACGCGGGGAUGAAGCGAAAAUUAUCGCAAAUUAGCAAGGUCAAGCCGAAAGCAGACAACGGGCAGAGCGCGGAGCUGGCUAAUAACGCGGACGACCCGAGCCGGAGGUUCUUUCACAGCGACGACUCGCCGCGCGAAGCUGCUGGCGGAAGGCCUGCCGCAGGCUCCGCGGUCGUCCUGAAAUCCGCGCUGAAAGGCGGAAAAGGGGGCGAGAAAGGGGGAAAGGAAGCUGCGGGGAAGGGUAAGGGGAAGGCGGUAGGUUUUGCGGACGCGGAUGAGGGGGAGGAGGGCGGAGAGGCGGAGCUGAGAACGGGCGGAAGAGAGGUGCGCCUGCCAACUGUUGCGGAGGGCGCUGGCUCAGAUUCCGCGGAACCAGGUGGGGGAGCAGAAGGGGAGGAGCAUGGGGGAGGCGGAGAGGGCGCGGGCGGUGGAGGAGGUGCGGGGGAGCAAGCGGGAGGUGGGGCGGGUGGGGAAGCGGGUGGGGGGAUGGGGCGGGAGGAGGAGGAGGAGGAGCAGGUGGGACUAGACUUGGACUUGACACGAGUGCCGGCCAUGAGCCCUGCUGCCAUGCAGGAGCUGCUGGAUCGCUUCACACCCGAGCAGAUGAACCGCUACGAGGCAUAUCGACGGUCAGGGUUCAAGCAGGCCAGUAUGCGACGGCUGGUGCACGGGGUGGCGGGAGCCACAGUGAGUCCGCAGCUGGGCAUCGUGAUGUCGGGCGUGGCGAAGCUCAUGGUGGGCGAGCUCGUCGAGACGGGUGAGCUCGUCGAGACGGGUGAGCCGAAGGUGGCAGGGUGGUGGAGGGUGGUGGGAGGGCGAAAGGGGUGUUGCAAGCUUGGGCAUGGGGGGGAAGGCGGCACUAGCAAUGCUGCUGGUGGGGGGUGGGAGGAUGGGGAUGGGGAGGCUGGUGGAGAGUAG